GCUGCCCACGGAGCUAGCUCACGUUAGCAGGGGUUGCUCGCUACCUGUGCUCGUGCCCCCCGCCGCUGCCGCCGCCGCGAGCCCGUCAGCGUGCACUCCCCCUCCCACCCUCUCCCCUCCGCCCCCUUUAUGUGCGCUCCCGUGUUAUUAUGGGAAUUAAACCCGUCCGGGCUCAAGUCACCGAUUCUUCUAUUUUGACAAGCAUCUGGUCAUUUACCGUCCGACCAUUUCAAGGCACCAUGGAUCUCUCUGCACCUGCUUUGGUGGUAGCCUUCCUCCACUGACCUCACCUCCUCCCCAUCUCUUCCUCCAGCUCACCCUCUAUCAUCUACCCCUCGUCAUCCACUGCCCUCCCCCCCAUUUCUGUAAAACCACUCCCGCCUCUCCUACAUCAUGGCGGGCGAGAAAGGGCCGACGAAGCGAAGCGCGAUGGACAUCAAGCGGCUGGCGAGCCUCAUCCAGAGAGGAACGGGCCGGUUGCUGGUGAUUGACAGCAGAACAUUUUCUGAGUACAAUGCGUCGCACGUGCAAGGCGCGGUCAACAUCUGCUGCUCCAAGCUGGUGAAGAGGCGACUGCAGCAGGACAAGGUGUCCGUCACCGAGCUGCUGCAACCCAACGGCAAGGUGAAGGUGGAGAUGGGCAGGAAGCAGGAAGUGGUGGUUUAUGACCAGAGUUCCAAAGAGGCGGGGCAUCUGUCCAAAGACGGCUUCGUGCAAAUUCUCAUGGGGAAGUUGGAGGGCAUCUUCCACAAAGUCUCCCUGCUCACUGGAGGUUUCGCUGCUUUCUCCUCCUGUUUUCCUGGCCUGUGUGAGGGGAAACCUGCCACUGCUAUGAGCCUAUCCCAGCCCUGUUUGCCUCUGGCUAAUGUCGGGCCCACUCGCAUCCUGCCACACCUCUACCUGGGCUCACAGAAGGACGUCCUCAACAAGGACCUGAUGGCUCAGAAUGGUAUUACCUAUGUGCUGAAUGCCAGCAACACCUGCCCCAAGCCAGACUUCAUCAGCGAGAGCCACUUCAUGCGCAUCCCAGUCAACGACAACUACUGCGAGAAGUUGCUUCCCUGGCUGGACAAAACCAAUGAAUUCAUCGACAAAGCUAAGGUGUCAAACUGCAGAGUCAUUGUGCACUGCCUGGCUGGAAUCUCGCGCUCGGCAACCAUCGCCAUUGCAUACAUCAUGAAGACAAUGGACUUGUCGUCAGAUGAUGCCUACAGGUUUGUAAAGGACCGAAGGCCGUCCAUAUCCCCCAACUUCAACUUCCUGGGUCAGCUGCUGGAGUUCGAGAAGGGCCUGCGACUACUGCAAGCUUUGACUUCAACCUCUGAUGACAAGAAGCACAGCUCAGAGGUCAAUGGAGGAUUCGAGAUGAACGGUCACCACAGCAACUAUGACUCACCUGUGUCAGAUGGACACGUCCCUCCAGAACCCAAGCCGCAAUCACCCACCUCCCUCCAGCAAGGCUUCAACGGCCUAAACCUCUCUGCAGAAAGGAUCAUGGACACUAACCGGCUCAAACGCUCCUUCUCCCUUGACAUUAAGUCGGUCUACUCCUCAAACAGCCCCAGCCCCAGCCAGGCACCCACACACUCUGAAGACGUCCCAAAGCUGUGCAAGCUCGACAGCCCCGGCGCCGGCACCUCCAAUGGUGUCUGCUCCCAGUCUCCCGUCCUCGACAGCCCCGGCUCCGCCGACUCACCGUUCCCCUCACCGGGCAGCGGGGGCAGCAUUGGAGGUUUGGGGCUCCGAGGGAGUGAAGGAGUCCAUCGCACUGGUUCUUCCUCGUCCAGACCCAGGAGGAAACACAAGCAUUGCUCCGCCGGUUCCCCGGUCCACUCCCAACCACAUCAACCUCCACAGUCCCUCAGCUUGUCGCUGGAGCACAAGAGCCCCGGCCUGGACGAGAACCUGAAGGGCUCUCUGCUCCUGUCACUCCCCUCCCUGCCCACCAUGGAGUCUGGGGCCAUGUGGACCAAACACAGAGACACCGUCCAGGCCACCACGCCCGUCACUCCCACCACGGAUGCCCCCUGGCACUUUGGGGCGGUGGAGGUCGGUGAGGGAGAGAUGGAGCUGGGAGGAGGAGGGGGAGAGGAGUCGUCGGUGAGGUUCGGGAGCAGCUCGGCGUACGUGGCGUUCGGCUGCAGCGAAGGCGUGCGGUUACGAGACAAAUCCCAGCGGGAGCCGUCCUCGGCACCGGUGACUCAGAAAGACCACCGAGACGCCGUGUCGUCCACGGGGACCCUGUCCAACGGCGCCAGCAACAGCGGGCCUGCGUCAGAAAAGCAGUUCAAGCGCCGCAGCUGCCAGAUGGAGUUCGAAGAGGGCAUCGCCGAGACGCGAUCCCGGGAAGAACUGGGGAAGAUCGGGAAGCAGUCGAGCUUCUCUGGGAGCAUGGAGAUCAUCGAGGUAUCCUGACAGAUAAUGGCCAUGAUCGGGGCUGUCCCGAGAGGGCAGACAUGGACCUGGUUAGUGGGAGGGCGAGAGGAGGACAUAUGACGAAGGAGAAGAGGCUUUUAUGAGGCUCCCCUCUCAGACAGUGUGAGAGGAACGGGACAGUAAAGACUCCAACUGGGAGAAGGACAACAAGAUACACGAGCGGAGGGUUCAUCUGAAACGGGGAGCGAUCGAGCGUUCUCACCUGGAGAGCCGGAGCCUGUGAUGUGAUGCGGGGCUUUGCCAUCCUGAACUCUCGUAGAAAUCUGAAUAAACGUCUGGGGGACGGUGGGGUGACUGUAGGUACUGAAACUCUUAAUCGUCUGAAAUCCUGAUCGCAGAUUUUUUUUUUAAAGAAGAAAAAAAAUGAACCGGCGCAGAACAAGUGUCACGAUGCAUCCUUCCUAUAUAGAAUAUCCUUAUUUUGACAAAGUUCGGACACAAACUGCUUGCCUGCGGUCAAAUGUAUUGUUCUCCAAUGGGUGUAUAGCUUGUGAUUUAAACCAAGCCCCAUGUUUCCUCCCGAAGCUUCACCCUAGUUUCAGAAAGCCUCAGAACCUCGCAUGGCUACACCCCCCACCCCGCUCUGAUCCCGAUCCUCCCAGUGGCUCUGCCUGCUACGGACUCUCUGCAUAGCAACAUCAGACAACAAUAUCAGACUCCGUGACUGCACCGGCUCCUCACAUCACCGCAGCACAAGGCGGAGAGAUCCCAAGGUCUCCAUCGAGCGGCGGUACUGUAUCCAAACCCUGAAGGAUCCUCAGCAUCUUGGCGCUGAAAAGACUUUUGAAGACUCGUCGUGACGGGCAGUGUUCCCCCUUAAAGCACAGUGGGUCUUUCCUGACUUUGGUUCCCUUGUUUUCAGUGUUAACAGCGUGACAUGUCUGAGGUUUCGGGAGGGUGGCGAGGGUUCGCUUUAAUGGCCCAUCAGCUCCUUUAUAGACCCGCCCCCCCUAUCCCCUCUCACUGCUCCCAGUCACCAUCUAUGGUCACCACUGAGCAUGCACCAGAAAGGCUGACUACAGAAAGACAAAUACUAUAUAUACAAUAUGAAUAUAUAUAGCAAUUUUAAUGAACUUCUUAUGGACUGUUUUGUUCAGUUAUAGUUUUAAUUUAUUGUAUUGGUUCAUUCUGGUAAUGAGAAAUAAUAUAAUGUUUUGUGGAUUUAUUUCUUUUUUCUUGUUAUUAUUAUUAUUAUUAUUAUUAUUUGCUGUAUGGUAUUUAUGAACACACGCUCAAACAAAUACAUACAUUCAACAAAAUGAAGCAAGCAGUAUGUGAUGUUCCUUCUUUGGGGAGAGUGGUGUUUGACUUUGAAAUGCACUUUUCUGCUUUCUGAUAACCAAGUUCAAGAUACCUGGAGAGCAAAGGCUUGAGUCCUGAAGGCACAACUAUAAAGCUUCAGUUUUAUAUCUGCGGGAGGGUACAGACACCCCACUGGACCAGGACCUCUGUUGUGUGUAUUCACGGCUUAUCACAAUCGAGGGCUCGCUCGUUCAGUGAACUUUGUUUUGUUGUGCAGAGCAACAAAGUAGCCGCACACUCUCUGAUCGCUCGUCCGCAGUCCAACACGUCCCGCCGCUGUCACGAUUUCUUGCAUAACAACUAUAUGCAAAGAAAUGCGCUCUCCGAGCCAGCAGCAAUUCUUCAUCAUCAUCACCCGCCAAAGCCCAAACACACACACACACACACACACACACACACUCUCUAUUCUGUAUACAGUUACACAUGUAAAGCAUAGGAGGCCCUCCACACCCUUUAGUUCCUUCUCAGGGGAUCUGCCAGUGAGCCCAGCCCAGAACAGGGGAAACACUUCAGCACAAUGCAUGUCCGUAGACCUGCCUCGCUCCCUCCCUCUCUUUCUGUCUUUUUUUUCCUCUUAUUUCUUACUUUCCAAAGCUUUUCUAAAAACAACGUUACGAAGGAGAAAAAAAAACAAGAAGCAGAUCUUCAUAUCUUAAGAUGAAAUGAAUUAAAAUGUGGCUCACCUGGUGCGAGAUAGGUAUUUAUUUAUAAUGUAAAAUGUGUUCAUUUUCCCCUUGAUUGACUUCUCUCGCUGGUGAUCUCUUUGACCUUUGACCUUGAGCUGCUGCUUCGACAGUAAGUUCAGAUGGAUUCCUCUGCUCCCCCGAGGCUAAAGCAACUUCUCCUCACCCUCCUCCCUAUAUUUUUAAGAAAUGUUAUUAGAAUUAUUUAUGACAUGUAACAAAGAUGAUGCAGGCUGUCCCAUUUGCUAAAAUUCUUGUUAUCGAAAUAUUAUUAUUAUUAUUAUUAUUAUUGUUAUUAUGUUGUGUAAAUAGCAACUCAUCUAUGAACACUGAUGAAUAAAGAUGAGUUUUUAAAAGAAAAUCCUGAAACCUUAGGCUGCUUGAUGCAAAAAUACCUCAGGUUCUAUUGAAAGGCUUUUCCUUCCCUGUACAUGUUUUGUGAAAAUGAGACAAAAAUACAGACAUGAUAAAAUACAAA